UUUCAACUCUUCUGCAGUCAUAUUGACAGCGUUUCAAAAAAAAAAAAACAGACAACGAUGGACCUAAAGGCGGAUUAACCGAUUCGUCUCUGCUUCGUUUCCAGCUCGCGCUUUCAAAUUCCGAUAGCUGUAAUUUUAUGGAAUCGAUAUAAGAGAAGCCGAUCCGCAACACUGGAACUCAGAUCUUGGUUUACCAAUACGUUUUAGAACAUAUAAGAUGAUGGAGAGAGGUCCAACAGAAGAAGUGCCUUUAAUUUAAAUGGGAUAUACGAAGUUCUGUUAUCCAGGAAGUGUAAUACAACAAAAUCGACAUAAGAUAAGUUUAUCUGCUAAACAAAAUAAGUUUGCUUCCUUCGACUAAUUUGAAGUUUUAUUUGUUCGCGAAUCACAGGAAACCUCCAAUUUUUAAUUUUGUACGGCAAACUGAAACACCUAAAGAUCAUUGGAUACAUGGGUAAUACAUUAUGUCUUAAACAUAUAUUUUCAUUUUACAUUAGAAUCAGUAAUAUAUUUCGAUAAAUCGUUUGUUUCUUUCACUGGUUAUUGACUUGCUUAUUGUUUAAACAUAUAUGUGAGGUUUGUCAACGGGAGUAUUGAAAAAGUUCAAGGAAUACAACUGAGAUUUGCGGACAAAGGUCGCAGAAUAAACAAAGGAGAUUUGUGGACAAAAACCUGUUGAGAUGAGGCAUGCAAAUAAGAUAGCUUAGUACUUAAACAGGUAAACUCCAAAUCUCAAAUGGUUAUGAUUCUUCACAAUUGGUGUUCAAUCCUAACAUAAAAGAAACCGAGGAACUAAAAGCAGCGUAUGAUUUACAAAACCUAUUAACUACGAUUCUAAAAUUAUAACUGUUUAUAUCUAUUUUUGAUUAUCUCUUAUAUUUUUAAAUGCACUGUAGUUACAAGUUCAAUGAUGAUUCUAUGAGCAUUGUUGAAACAAGUGAAGAAGGCAAAGAUAUUGUAGCUCAAGCCACCAAUGGAAAUGGACAGAAACUAGAAAGUUGGAUUUCAGUUGAAGAUAAAACCAUAUCUGAGCUAUUUUGUUGCACAGAGGUUGAUAAGUGCAAGGUUGUUGCUACAAUCUAUGCUAUAGAUACUAAUUACGCAUGGUAUUAUUUUGGAUGUGCAUUAUGUCAAACCAGGACUUUUAAAGUCCUUGAGGAAGAUGUUGAUCCUUCCAUCAUAACACAACCUUUGUUUUGGUGUGAAAAAUGCAAAACAAAUGUGAAGAAUGUUAAACCAAGGUACAAGCUCUAUGUGAAAGUUAAGGAUGAUACAGCUGAAGCCAAAUUUGUACUUCUUGAUUGGAUUGCCUGGCCAGUUAUUGGAAUAAAAGCUGAAAAAGUUCUUAAUGGUUCUUUGGAUGAGAUUGAAGAUCCAGAGUUAUUGCCAGACUGUAUUACUGACCUUGUGGGGAAAACUUAUAAGUUUGGGGUUUCAAUUGAAAAAGGAUCUGAGAUAUUUACAGUUCUUAAGGUCUGGUCAGUUUACAACACCAGCAUGGUUGAUUCCCAGUCUGAAACUAUGUCUGGAAAGGGCACACUGUCAAUCUCAGGUUCAGAGGUGUCUCAACUAACUUACAGUGAUGAAAGCUCUGUCAAGAUGGCCACUCCUUCUAAGCGAUCAGGAGAAGAGAUUAUUGAGGUUCCAGAUACCACUUCUGCUACGAAGCUACGCCCUGUCAAAAGUAUCAAGAUAGAGAAAGAUUAGCAGUGAUGUGCCAGGCUUAAAGAAGAACUAAAUCUGCGAAUAGUUAUUUUUAAUAAGUGUUUAACAACACACUUUGCUUUUUGUUUAUUUAGAUUUUUUUAAUAAGUGUUUUCAAACACACAUUGUUUUAUGCUUUGGAUAUUUAUGAUGGUUGUUUUCAAGAUCAUUUUUGUUUUAGUUCUUCGUUUUAUAACAAAUUAUUUUAUAUUAGUUGCAAUAUCGGUAUAAAAAGAAAUUAUCAUCCUAUCUAAAACUGAAAGUAAUACCAAUACAGCGAAAAGUAAUACCAAUGGAUUCUAUAAUAAUUUUAAAAUUUAUAUUCAAGUUCAAAGUAUGAUUUAUUUUCUACUGUGAUAAGUAAAACCAACACUAAUUAUAAUUUAUAAAUAAAGUAAAACCAAUACUGCUGAAACAGAAAAUAUUAUAUAUUGGUUGCAAUAUCGUUAUAAUUAAAAUUUAUAAAUAAUAAUUUUGAAAAUUCGAAAGAUUUUAUACAUGGAUAAUAAGUUUGAUUGAUCAUCAUUAUAAUAUCUGAUAUCAUUAUAGUUAAGGAUAUCAUAACUAUAAUCAUUUUAAAUAUAUGAUUUUUAAAUUUUAUAGUAUUUUUUACAAUCCUAACUAUAUUUGGAAUAAAGAUUCAGAUGAUUUGUUUUCUAACUGAUUUUACUUCAAAACCAAAUCACACCGAAUUUAUUAAAAACAAUAUAAUUUACAA